ACAGAGCAAAUGAACGGUUGUAAAACGAACGAAUAACGGAAUUAUAAUGAUAGAAAAUAUUUUUUUUUUAUGAAAAAAUAAGAAAACGAAAACACAAAUAGAUUUAUUUUUGCAAAAAAUUUAAAAAUAUUUUAGUGAAUUUGUUGUUGCCAAACAAAUUAAAGCAAAAACAAAAAGUUGUGAAUGAAAACAAAAAAUUUUUGAAAUUUAUAAAAAAAUUGAAAAACGCGCGGUUUUUCCUUUAAAUUGUAUCUCUAAACAUUUGCUCUUUUUGCUUUUGUAACGUUCAAAUCGUACUACUUAAUGAAAACGCUUUAAAAGGGUUUUUUUUAUAGUUAUUUGUUGACGGUGGUGUUGUUAUUGUUGCUGCAACACUAAUUACCGCAUGUCGCGUUCGUGUACAAUUUCAUGUUUUUAUGUUCAUUUCACAUACGCAUGAGGAUUCAUUCCGGUGAUUAUUGUACGAAAAAUGUUCAAAUUAUUUGUUCUGCUUCUUAUUUAAAAAUACUACUACUGAUGUCUGCUACUACGACUGCUGACUGACUGGCUGACUGGUUGGAUGGUUUGCUGCAGAACUUAAUACAACAAAACCUAUGAGACUCUUAAACUUAAAACGCAAACAAAUAGCAGAGGGAAAGAAAAGCCAACAUAAUAAAAUCUCAUUAGUAAACAAAACAGGAAAUAAAAAUGUCCAUUAAACAAUAAAACGACAAAUACAGAUAAAAAACAAAAACAACAACAACAGUAACAAACCAAAUAAAAAACAAAUAAAAAAAUAAUAAUAAUAAAAAAAAAACCUAAAGAUGAAAAUGAAAAAUUAUUUCAAAUAACCACAAAAUAUCAAAAGAAAAGCACAGAAAUGGACAGCAACAACAAUAAUAACAAAAGAAAAAAAGUAAAAAGUUUGAAGUAAAUAAUAACCAAUCAUUUUUUAUACACAGUUAAAGCUGAAAAAUCCUACAAAUAAACUCAAGAAACGUACCAUAGUGAUUAAUAAUAUUUUAUGAUCUGUGGCUCUUACACUACAUCUCCCUCCCUCUCUCCCUCUCUCUCUACUAACUGUAAAUUGUUAAAAACAAAAACUUAAACGUAGCAGCAGCAGAGAGCAAAAUAAAAAGAACAAACAUAACAGCAACAUAACACCAACAACAAAUAAACGGAAACUAUAAUAUGUGAUUGUGGUCAUAAGCGGAUGUCCGUGUUGAGAACAAAAAAAAAAUAACAUCAACAACAGCAAACGCAGCAGUCGCAGCAGCAACUGCAGCAAAACAAAAUUGUUGGUCCAACAACUAGUGUAAAAUAUUUACAUUUAAUUUUUAUUUUUGGCAACCAACUGUAACAGACGUAAUAUCUGUGAACAAGAAAAAAAGUGCGUCUGGUCUUGGGAUUUUCUUAUUUGGUUUUCUGGCUCAAAAAUUGCCAUAUUUAAAAAUUACUUAAGACGUCGCCAUAACAUCACAAACACACUGACAUAAACUUCUCUCUGCUGACAACCUAAAAUUUUGCAGAAUAAAAAAAAAUCCCCCCCGUUCUCGUCACACAAACAAAAUAAUAAAGUUAAAAAUGGAAUUUCUUAAAAGGAAACAUUUUUCAUUGUGGAUUACGACAACGACAACAUUUAUAAUCAUGGCCAGCAUUGCGUUAAAUGUGUCCACAGUUCAGGGGCUCCAGGGUGUACCAACAUGGAUAGCACUUGGUUUAAAAUCUCCCUUCAUUGAGUUUCGAAAUGAAUUUGAAGUGCUGGCGAACAAUAGUAUACCCCUUAAUAUAACAAAAGACGAACAGGCCUUAAUGCAUCAAGAGGGUCUACGAAAGUUGGGUACAUUUAUAAAACCUGUCGAUUUAAGAGAUUCCGAAACGGGGUUUGUCAAAGCUAAUCUUACAAAAAAAGUCGCACCUUCUGUCAGUCAAAGAAUGCAAAAUCAACGACGACUUCAUCCUAUUCAAGAGGAAAUGGAUCAAAAACAAAUUAUUUUACUCGAUGAAGAUACAGAUGAAAAUGGCUUACCUGCCAGUUUAACAGAUGAGGAUCGUAAAUUUAUAGUGCCAAUGGCAUUGAAAAAUUCACAACCAGAUCCUCGUUAUGCACAAACAAUGGCUAGAAGUUCUAUGUUAUCGGCCACCACAAAAGCGACCACAACUACAACGACAACCACUAGGAAGCCCACAACACCGGCUACUCCUGAGUUUGCUUCAAACAUAGAAGAUUUAAAGAAGCACAUAUUAUUUUUACAGAAUCUUACAAAACAUGAUAGUAAUUUUCAAUCGAAAUUUGUGGUAUUUCCAAGUCUACAAAAAGAUAAACAGAAAGUUCCUCAACCAGUAGCCACCACAUCGAUGCCCAAAGUACCCAUGAGACCGAUAUAUCAAUAUGCAGCACCUCCUACACGCAAAAACUCACAAGGUACUUCUUUGAAUGUUAACAGCAAAGUACCACAAACACCACCUUUUGGUGGCUACUAUCAUAAUGAGGAUGAUGAGGAUUCUUUGUCGGCAUUUCUACAGCCCGUGCAUAAAGAUAAAAUAGCCAUAGUACCACAAGUAUUACUACUCAAUGAUCAAAAUAAGGAUAGUCAAGGCCGAAGAAUAAAUCCGAGUCCGGCUAGUACAACCAGCACAACAACCACUACAACGACCACAACGACAACCACCACCACUACCACUAGACGUCCUACCAAACCCACUAAAUUGCCACCUUGUGUACGAAAUCCGGAAUCCCCUAAAUGUAUACGACAACGCAAACGUGAAGAGCAACAGAGACAACGAGAUCGUGAGGCUUUGUUAAGGGAACAAGAGAAAUAUAUGCCUCGCUAUGAACCCUACAUGCAGACUAUUAAUAACACAAAACGUUUUGCCGUUUCCAUCGAGAUACCCGAUUCCUUUAAAAUAAAUAACAGCGACUCACGUUACUCAAGAGGAGAAGAAAAUCUACAAAUUCUUUCACGUUUUGUAAGAUCCACCCAUAAAAGACGUAAUAUAGGUGGUGGUUUGGCGGGUCGUUCGUCGUCCAGCAAUGAUAAAUUUGCUUCAAAAUAUGGUGCUAGUGCUUUUUUAGAACGUGAUUCAAUGGUAGCGGCAAGUGGUGGGAGAGAUUUUCUCAUUACAAAUCCCGAACAAUUUGGUAUGUUGCCUCCUAAUGCUACGACUGCUAGUCCGACGGUACCCGCCUAUUCGGAACCUAUCGAUUUGAAUCCGGAUAAUUGUUAUCAGGUCGAUGGCAUGACCUAUGGCCAGAAGAAACAAUGUGUUUUGCAUACUAGUGUUAUGCCGGCCAUAAGUAGGGGCGCGAGAUCUGCGAUACAGGUGAGUUUCUUUUUAAUUAUAUAAUUAAUUUAUUUACAU